GAUCGUGCAGCUUCAUGGCCCUGCGAGAUGAAAACGCCGUGGCAAAGCGGCGGCAUUUGUUCUUUCUCACCAACUCAAUUCGUCUGAGCUUCCCCGGGGUACUUAAAAUGCGCCGUGUCGCCCGUCCCCUCGCCGUUUGAAGAUCGGCCAAUUCGAUCCAAUAUCUUAUGCUCCUUUUUUUCUACCAAUUGAAUAUCCUUACUCUUUCAAAAUGUACGAAAAGUCCCACGACGCAGAGGUGACGCACAAGGACGACAUCAUGGACGAAAAAGUCACAGGAAAGGUGACCAGCGUCAAUACUGGCUCUGUCGCUCUGGCGGCAGCAGUUGCCAGUCAGCAGCCCAGCUUGUGGUCUAGAAAUAUGAUCAAGCUGUACUUCAUCAUGGCGAUUGGCUAUCUUGUGUCGACAAUGAAUGGUUUUGACAGCUCUCUCAUGGGCAGCAUCAACGCCAUGAAGCAAUAUCAAGCCUCAUUUGGGCUCGAUGGAGCCGGGUCCACCACGGGCAUCAUCUUCAUCAUUUAUAACCUUGGUCAAAUUGCUGCGUUUCCCUUCUGCAGCAUGCUCGCUGAUGGUUACGGGCGUCGUAUCUGCAUCUUUGUUGGGUGCUUCAUUGUUCUCGUGGGUACCGCCGUACAGACUUCCGCUCACUCUCUGUCCCAAUUCAUGGGAGGUCGCUUUGUGCUGGGGUUUGGUGCUGCCAUCGCCAGCGCUGCAGGGCCUGCAUACACGGUAGAACUUGCUCAUCCGGCAUACCGAGGCUUCAUGGCCGGCAUGUAUAACAACUUCUGGUGGGUUGGCAACAUCUUGGCGGGCUGGACAAGCUAUGGAUCCAACAUGCACUUGGACUCUUCCUGGGCUUGGAGGGUUCCAACCCUGGCGCAAGCUUUCCUCCCCGGACUUGUCAUGGUCUUUGUCCUUUUCUUCCCAGAGUCUCCACGAUGGCUAAUUGCGCAAGAUCGAAUGGAGGAAGCUCACGCGAUUCUUGUCAAGUACCAUGGCGACGGCGAUGUCAACUCGGCUCUUCCCAAUCUUGAGUACAACGAAAUUGUCGAGACGUACAACUUAACAAAGGACCCGAACCCAUGGUGGAACUUUAAGGAGCUCUGGAACACCAGAGCGGCCCGGUACCGGUUAGCCAUGGUCAUUGCCAUGUCUUUCAUUGGACAGUGGAGUGGCAACAAUGUUGUAUCCUACUUUUUGCCCGGUAUGAUUAUCCAGGCCGGAAUUACCGACACGAACAAGCAGCUGCUCAUCAACGCUAUCAAUCCCAUCUUCUCAAUGCUGGGUGCCGUGUAUGGUGCGUCGCUGCUUGAUAAGCUUGGACGUCGCACAAUGAUGAUUGCAGGUCUUACCGGAGGCCUGUUUUCCUACUGUCUACUGACGGCCUUUACCGCAGAGACCAGCAAGGCCGGUCAGGGGAGCUCGCUGGCGUAUGGUGUGAUUGUGUCCAUCUACCUGUUUGGUAUUUGCUUUGCCUGGGGCUUCACUCCCCUACAAACUCUGUAUGCUGUUGAGUGUCUAGAGAACCGCACCCGUGCAAAGGGCUCAGGCCUCAACUUCCUCUUCCUCAACAUUGCCAUGGUGGUGAACACAUAUGGCAUCAGUGUCGGCAUCGAAAAGAUUGGCUGGAAGCUGUAUCUUGUUUACAUUGUCUGGAUUUGCGUCGAAAUCGCCAUCAUUUACUUCUUCUUUGUCGAAACGGCCGGCAAGACGUUGGAAGAACUCAAGGAAGUGUUUGAGGCCAAGAACCCAGUGAAGGCUAGCACAAGGAAGGUCAAGGUGGAGCUGGAUGAGAGAGGGAGAGUCGUUGCAGCGACUGGCAGCGACAAUUGUUAGAGGCAGUCUGUCCAAGAAGUAGACUACAUACAUUGAAGAGUUCUGAAACUACAGU